AAACACCGCCUGUUCGAGAUGCCCUGGAGAAGAUUCCAUGGGCGAUCCAUGCAAGCGAUGGCGCACAUCCCCACUGCGCGGCCUCACACACUCUAGACCCAACCCGACCCUCCAAAGCAAUUUUGAAUUUCGAACCCAAUUCCUUGUGAUAUCUUUCCCACCCCUGGAGGACCGCUUCUGCCACGAUGACCCCGGACUCCAGCUGAAAAGGGCCGGUCCAAGGAAGGGCGUUUGCCCCUCCCCGAAUUAUAAAUAAAUGUCCGCUCCCGCCUGUUCUCCGGGGUAGUCCCCAGAGUGAUCUGCUUUGCAAGUUAUAUGAUUUCCGUAUAACUUGCCGAGGAAACUUUCACGAUGUUAGGGAAGACGAAGACAUUAUGUAUUUUGGCGCUCUGCCUCCUCUUCGACGGGACGCAGUCUCUCACCACGCCCCGCCAUGAGAGCCAUCUCGAACCUAGGACGACCACAGAGCCAAAGUACAAAGCAGUUGCCGCUGCUGCACAGAAACGCCGCGAUGACGCACUCAACGCCUUCCUGCCGCUCCCAGCCCUCAAUAUGACGGGCAUUGGAAACGAUCUCCGGCCCGUUCUGUUGAAUUCCGGUGUCUUGACCAAGUCUGAAAUCAGGAUUGUCCAAUCCGAUGCCGCGACUUUGGUCCGAAAGAUGAUUCGAGGAAACUUGACUUCUCAGGAGGUGACGACCGCAUUCUGCAAAGCCACCGUCAUCGCCCAGAAUCUGACCAACUGUGUGACUGAGGUCUUAUUUGAUGAGGCACUGAAACGAGCGAAGUACGUCGACGACUAUUUCAAGCGAACCGGAAAGCCUAUUGGUCCGCUUCACGGUUUGCCAAUUUCUCUGAAGGACACCUUCACUACUCCUCCUCACCCAUCAUCUAUUGGUAUGGCUGCUUAUGCCAUUGAACCAACCACUGAGCGGUCUGUUAUCGUUGACAUGCUGGAGGAUCUGGGUGCUGUAUUUUACGUCAAGACCAACGUUCCGACCGCCAUGCUGAUGGGUGAAACUAUUAACAAUGUCUGGGGCGAAACAAUAAAUCCAAUCCAUAAACAUCUCACCCCUGGUGGAUCUUCUGGAGGUGAAGGUGCGAUCGCGGCCAUGCGAGCCUCGCCGUUGGGUGUUGGAACGGAUAUUGGCGGCAGUAUCCGUAUUCCUGGCGCCUAUGGCCAUCUAUAUGGGUUGAAGCCUUCUCUCGGACGGUUCCCCACAUGGGGCUCCAAACCGGCCAUAAAGGGUCAAGACAUCAUUUACUCUAUCUCCGGACCAAUGUCUCACUCUCUACCGUCUAUAAGACUCUUUGCUGAGGCUGUUCUCUCUGAACAAGCUGCUCCUUGGUUGCUCGACCCGAAGAUGAAUCCGAUGCCCUGGAAGAGAAGAGUAAUUCCGGCCGACAAGAAACUUAAAUUUGGUCUUCUUCCCUGCAGCGACGGCAUCGUUACCUGCCAUCCGCCUGUGGAGAGAGCUCUCAAGAUUACUGCCAAGGCCUUGAGGGAUGCUGGUCAUGAGGUUGUCGAUUGGGCACCAGUGAAUCCAGCGGGGGUUGAAGGUCUCACGACCCAAGUUUUCACUCUCACCGGCUCCGAUGCUGUCCUACCUCCUCUUCAGGCAUACGACGAGCCCCUGCUCGGGGUCUUGAAGCUUUUGUUCCCUGGUGGCACCAACGGUCCUCCGGAGCUUACUCCCGCAAAACUCCGUGAACUGAUUCUCUCACGUAACCAGCUCCAAAAGGACAUGCUGGACCAAUGGAGAGAGACGAAUGUCGACGGUAUCAUUGGGCCCGUUGCGGUGCCUGCGGCAGCUCGCUUGCAGAUGGACCCCCAGAAGGUCUACGGAGGGCUCACCGGUUUCGGCAACGUCAUGGACCUUCCGGGCUGCUCCUUCCCGGUAACAUAUGCUGAUAAGGACCUAGACCCCAAGAGAGGAGCGGAUUGGGUUCCAAACGGUGAGAGAGAUGCCUUCGUGCAGAGCGACUACGAUGCCGACUUUUGGCACGGUGCCCCCGUUGGACUCCAAGUUUUAGGACAGAGGCUGCAAGAAGAGAAGGUUCUCGAGAUGACCGAGAUCAUAGCUGCGGCAAUCGGUUUCAAGGAUAGAGUGUUUGGAUAAAAUGAUCCUUUCUGAUUCAAUUUUCCUGCUUCAAGGCUUAUAUAUGUGUAUAUAGAUUAGAUUAGUUUUGGAUAGAUUGUACUGCACAUCGAUA